AUGGGAUCGUGGCGACACAAUUAUGUUUCGUUACUUCCUGGUUUUUUACUGCUGGCAUUUCUCGGUACGAUGGUAUCAUUAUUAGCUGUCCACGUCAAGAGACUGGAUUAUCCAACGAAUUUUAUUCUACUCGGUUUGUUCACAUUAUUCGAAUCGUUUACAAUUGGUACACUAGUGUCAUAUUUCGAUAAAUUACUUGUUAUUCAAGCGUUAAUUAUUACAGCAGUUAUUGUUUGCUGUUUAACAAUGUAUACAUUUCAAACUAAACGAGAUUUUUCGACAAUGGGUGCUGGUUUAUUUGCUUUUUUAUGCGUCUUAUUUGCCGGAUCUUUAAUACAAAUAUUUCUUCAAUCAUCGGUGCUGGAUGUUGCACUUGCAAUGGGUGGCGCUCUUGUCUUCAGUGGCUUUUUAAUCUAUGAUACUCAACAAAUCAUGCGCAAAUGUUCACCAGAAGAAUAUAUCACGGGUGCAAUAACAAUUUAUCUUGAUAUUACCCGAUUAUUUAUUGAAAUUCUCCGAUUAUUAGAAGCUGCUCAGCCGCAUAAAAUUUGGCAUGAAAAGGAUGAUGAAUGGCGAACUUCACUUUAUUAUGAUUUGAUCGUCGAUGAUUUAAAUUUACCAAAAUUUGAAUCAUGUGUACACAGUUUACAAGAACUGUUGGAAGAUAAUUCGUCUUUUGUCAACGUAAACUUUGCUGUUUCAGUAUGCAAAAGCCGUAAUCUUCCAUCGUGCGUUUUUGUUCUGAGUCUUUUAUAUAUGAAACGGCUAAGAGCGUUGCGUUCAUCAAAGCUAAACGAUAUUAAUAUCAAAGAACUUUGUGUAAUUGCAAUGUUGUUGGCUGAUAAAUAUUUGAUUGAUGAAGGUGAAGACGAACAACUAUUUAAUUCGGAAUGGGCUCAAGCAUCUGGAAUGACAACGGGAAGAAUAAAUCAAAUUGAACGACUAGUUUUAGAAGCAAUGGCAUGUGAUAAGCUUUUAAAAUUAUUAUUAAAAACUAAGUCUAUAGCCGAAAUUUUAGCUAUCACCAGUUUAGUUAUUAUUGGUUCAGCUUUAUCCUUACACAUGGCCAUUUUUACUGGUUCACUGGCGCAUCGUGCACUUAUGAAAUCGUUAAAUUCGGACGCAAUUCAAAAUAAUGCUAUUUGUUCUUACAAUCAUGUUUCGAAUACUGCUGACAAUACUGCCUUAUUAGAGCCCAUUUUAAAUCAGACAUACAUAAAUAAACCAAAUCUUGGAUUAGACAACGACGAUGUAACAUUCAAAGAAAAAUUAUUUAAUGAAAUAAUGUUAUUCCAUUCAAUAAAUGAUAGUUCGUUUGAUAAUAAUAAUCAUUUUCACUAUAAACAACAACAACAACCGAAUUGGAUAGUCUUUAAAUCAGAUCGUUUAAACAUCAAAAAGCGCAGUAUGUGGCUUAAGCGUGGUCAAUCAUCGUCAACGUAUAGUUGUACUGUUUGUGCACUACUGGAAUCAAAAUCAUGUUCACAAGCAUGA